CACAGUCAGACUGAAGGACAGAGGCGGCUCCCUUUUUCUCCCUCAGACUGAAGACAAACUUUACGCAAACGUUGAAACAGCGCUGGAGCAGAUGUGCAGGAAGAGCGCAGCGUGGCGCACAGAGGCAACAUGGAAGACGUUCUGGCUCCUCUGAGGAAAGCUGUGAAGGAACAGGGUGACUUGGUGCAUCAGCUGAAGGAACAAGGCGCCUCAGAGCAGGAGGUGAGCAGAGCUGCUGCAGAGCUGAAAGCCCGGAAGAAGAUCCUUGAAGCAAAGGAGCUGACUUUGCAGCCCAAAGAUGAAACCGUGGACAGAGUGAAGAUGGAGGAUACGUUAAAGAGGAGGUUCUUCUACGAUCAGGCUUUUGCCAUUUAUGGAGGUGUGAGCGGCCUGUACGACUUCGGCCCGGUCGGCUGUGCCCUGAAGAACAACAUCCUGCAGGUGUGGAGGCAGCACUUCAUCCAGGAGGAGCAGAUCCUUUUCUCUUGCAGUUCCUAAAACCUGUUUCCUCCCUUCAGGACGUCUGGUCAUGUGGAUUAAUUCGCUGACUACAUGGUGAAAGACGCCAAGACGGGAGAAUGCUACCGUGCAGAUCAUCUUCUCAAAGCUCACUUGAAAAAGCUGAUGUCUGAUGAGAAAUGCUCAGCAGAGAAGGUGACUGAGGUGGAGGAUGUCAUCACUCAGAUGGAUAACUACACUCAGCAGGAGCUGGCUGAUCUGUUUGUGAAAUACAACGUUAAGUCUCCCUCCACAGGAAAUGACCUCACACCUCCAACUUCCUUCAGUUUGAUGUUUCAGACGUCCAUCGGUCCAGGAGGAAACAUGCCUGGCUAUCUGAGGCCUGAAACAGCUCAGGGGAUGUUCCUCAACUUCAAGCGUCUGUUGGAGUUCAACCAGGGAAAACUGCCCUUCGCUGCUGCUCAGAUCGGAAACUCCUUCAGGAACGAAAUCUCUCCUCGCUCUGGACUCAUCCGAGUUCGGGAGUUCACCAUGGCUGAGAUCGAGCAUUUUGUGGAUCCAAAUGAAAAAGUCCACCCUAAGUUCUCUAAUGUGGCCGACCUGGAGAUCACGCUGUUCUCCUCGAAGGCUCAGACCAGCGGACAGUCUGCACAAAUCAUGAGGCUGGGAGACGCUGUGGAGCAGGGAGUGAUCAACAACUCCGUUCUGGGCUACUUCAUUGGUAGAAUCUACCUGUAUCUGAUUAAAGUGGGACUCUCCAAAGAUAAAGUGCGAUUCCGUCAGCACAUGGACAACGAGAUGGCUCAUUACGCCUGUGACUGCUGGGAUGCCGAGUCCAAAACCUCCUAUGGAUGGAUUGAGAUCGUGGGCUGCGCCGAUCGCUCCUGUUACGACCUCUCAUGUCACUCCAGAGCCACUAAAGUCCCUCUAGUGGCAGAAAAGCCGCUGAAAGCGCCCAAAACAGUAAAUGUCGUCCAGUUUGAGCCCAACAAAGGAGCUAUAGGAAUGGCCUACAAGGAAGAUGCCAAGCUGGCUCUGGAGUAUCUGGCUGUGUGUGAUGAAUGUUACAUCAGUGAGCAGGAGAAGCUUCUCAGCGAAACAGGAGAGUUCAGCUUUGAGACGGGGGGAAAAACCUUCACACUGACCAACAGCAUGGUCAGUGUGAGGAGGUUCCAGAAAACCCUGCACUUGGAGGAGAUUGUUCCCAAUGUAAUCGAGCCCUCGUUUGGCAUCGGCAGAAUCACGUACUCCAUCUUCGAGCACUCAUUCCACAUCCGGCAGGGGGAUGAACAGAGGACGUAUUUCAGCUUCCCUGCCACUGUGGCUCCAUACAAAUGUUCCAUCCUGCCUUUGAGCCACAACCAGGAGUUUGUGCCUUUUGUCCACCAGUUGUCUGAAGCCAUGACCAGGAACGGCGUCUCUCACAAGAUGGACGACUCUUCUGGAUCCAUCGGGAGGCGCUACGCGAGGUCGGACGAGAUCGGAGUGGCGUUUGGCGUCACCGUCGACUUCGACACGGUGAACAAGACGCCUCACACGGCUACUCUGAGAGACCGAGACUCGAUGAGGCAAAUCAGGGCCGAGGUCGCCGAGCUGCCUGAGAUUGUUCGAGAUCUGGCGAAUGGCACCUUAAUGUGGGCUGAGGUGGAGAGCAAAUAUCCAAUCUUUGAAGGACAGGAGACCAUCAGGAAGGAGUAACUAGACUGGGACUCCUCUG